CCGGUCCCCUCCAGCUGCAGCACUCCCGUAGCACGGAUUUCACUCCCAUUGCAAAGCCGGCCCUGCAGGAAUUGGUGCUAUGACAGGCAAACUACUGGAGAAGCUGCCGGGGACCAUGAACACUUUGAUGAACCAAUUGCCUGACAAUCUGUACCCAGAGGAGAUCCCCAACUCUUUGAAUAUCUUCUCCAGCAGCAGCGACUCGGUGGCUCACUACAACCAGAUGGCUGCAGAUAAUGUUAUGGACAUUGGCUUAGCGAACGAAAAGGCCGGUCAGGAACUGUCCUCCUAUUCGGGGACUUUUCAACCCGCCCCGGGCAACAAGACUGUCACCUACCUGGGGAAAUUCGCUUUCGACUCGCCCUCCAACUGGUGCCAGGACAACAUCAUCAGCCUGAUGAGCGCGGGCAUCCUGGGGGUGCCGCCGUCCUCGGGCGCGCUCACCAGCACGCAGAGCUCGGCGGGCAGCAUGGGGCCGCCGCAGGGCGAGGUGGACCAGAUGUACCCCGCGCUGCCGCCCUACUCCUCCUGCAGUGACCUCUACCCGGAGCCCGUCUCCUUCCACGACCCCAGCAACCCCGGCCUCACCUACUCCCCCCAGGAUUACCAGGCGGCCAAACCCGCCUUGGACAGCAACCUCUUCCCCAUGAUCCCAGACUAUAACCUCUACCACCACCCCAACGACAUGGGCACCAUCACGGAGCACAAACCCUUCCAGAGCUUGGACCCCAUCCGCGUCAACCCGCCCCCCAUCACCCCGCUGGAGACCAUCAAGGCCUUCAAGGACAAGCAGAUCCACCCGGGUUUCGGGGGGCUGCCGCAGCCACCCCUCACCCUCAAGCCCAUCCGACCCCGCAAGUAUCCCAACCGGCCCAGCAAGACGCCGCUCCACGAGCGGCCCCACGCCUGCCCCGCCGAGGGUUGCGACCGCCGCUUCUCCCGCUCCGACGAGCUCACCCGCCACCUCCGCAUCCACACGGGCCACAAGCCCUUCCAGUGCCGCAUCUGCAUGCGGAGCUUCAGCCGCAGCGACCACCUCACCACCCACAUCCGCACCCACACCGGCGAGAAACCCUUCGCCUGCGAGUUCUGCGGCCGCAAGUUCGCCCGCUCCGACGAGCGCAAGCGGCACGCCAAGAUCCACCUCAAGCAGAAGGAGAAGAAGGCCGAGAAGGGUUCGGCUGGGCAACCCCCCACCGCGCCCCCCGCCGCCGCCGCUGCCGCCGCCACCUCGCCCCCCGUCGCCCUCGCCCCCGCCGUCACCACGUGCGCUUGAGGGACCGCGGGGAGCGGCGCGGUGGCACCCCAUCUUCUCUCCUGCCCUUCGCACCACUCCGGGGGGGGGUGUCUCACCCCACCGGGUUCAGGAUGCCGGAGCUGGGGGGGGGGCUGUGCUGCACGGGUCCGUUUUGCCCGCACCCGGAUUGAUUGGGGCCAGGCUGCCCGCACCAGGAUCCUGCCUGCACUUGGAUCGACAGCACCCGCACUGCCUGGAUCCCGGCUGCCAGCACCCGCACUGCCCGGGGCUGGGUUGCCCGCACCCGGAUUGCCCACGUCUGGGCUACCCGCACCCGAAUUGCCCACACCCGCACUGCCUGGGUCCCGGCUACCCGCACCCGGAUCCUCCUGACCCGCACCACUCGGGUCCUGGCUACCCGCACCCGGCGCACCCGGCUCACCCGGAUCCCUGCUUUCCCGCACCCUGGUGCCCGGAUCCCUGCUUCCCGCACCUGGAUUACCCGCACCGCCCGGAUCCCGCCUGCCCGUACCCGGAUUGCCCGGAGCCGGUUUUCCCGGCUCCAGCCCGCCCGGAUCCCGCAUCUCCCGGCUCUCCCGCACCCGGCUUGGCCCGGAGCCGGGUUGUAGAUUCCCGGGAUCCCGACUGAGCUGGAUCCCAGGUAGCCGGCUCCGAACCCGCCCGGUUCCCAAAGGGGUUGGGCUGCUCAGGAUCGGGCCCUCCCGGUUCUCCUGGGGCUGCUCAGGAUCGGGCCCUCCUCCUGGAUCCGACUCUCCCGGUUCCCCUGAGGGUUGGGCUGCUCAGGAUCGGGCCCUCCUGGAUCCCACCCGCUCGGGCGGGGAUGGAUGGAUGGAUGGAGCCGAUCCGGCUCCUCUCUGCCCGGCCGGGCCCGGAUCCGCCCCCCCUGCGCCCCCCUCUCCUGUAGUUCCCCCUGUGUGUCCCCCCCCCCCGCAAGCACCGGUUCCCCGCGGCGGAGGUAAGCGGGCUCGGGCCCCCCCAAAGCCGGGCUGGCGGGGCGGGGGGCGGCUCUGCGGGUCCCCCGCAACUUCGGGGGGCGGCGGGGAGCGAUAUCCCGGCAGCAGCUUUUGGGUUUGUUUGGGUUUUGUUUUUGGUUUUUUUUUUUUUUCUUUCUUUUUCUUUCUUUUUUUUUUUCCCCAGCAGAAGGGAAAUUCUUUACAGAAAUGCAGAAAAAAAAAAACCAACCACCAACACACCCCAGUAUUUUGCUGAAUACUUUUUAUAAUGUGAGAUAUUUUUAUUUUAUUUUAUUUGGUCACUUUAAACCAACCAACCAACUACGGAGGAGAAAAAAAUCAAUUAGUCCUCUAUUUUAUUAUUUUAUUAUUUUUUUUUUUUUCCUUUCUCCUUCUGGUAUGUGCAUGUCAUUGCAUGACUGCUCUGAUUUUUUUCUUCUUUUGUUUUAAUAAAACUGUGCUCAGACAUUUAAGCUAAACUAAGCAAAAAUAAUAAUGACUUUAAAAAAAAAAAAAUCUUUGUUGCCAAAAGGUCGUGCUAUCCAGGUUUGAUGUCUGCAUGUGAAAAAAAAACAAAAAAACAAAAAACAAAAAACACAAAA